AUGGCCGAAUGGUCUCUACCCGACCUCGACUGUCCGAUAAACCACUUCAACACGUUUCAUUUCGCGACCUACCCCUCGAGCUGCGAGCACGAGCCCGUGCCGCGAGUUCCUCUCGGUCCGCCGCCGCAAGCGCAACCCUGUCUGCCAGCGAGCACUGCGGCCACCAUGGCCCUUCAAUUCGCCCCGCAGCUGCAAUAUGGCAGCGCGGCAGUGGUCCCCUCCAAAGGUUGA